GUCAAUAAUGAAAAUUUAUUUAAGGUUAGGUGUUCCAAAACGUAAAUAAAUCCGAUAUAUGGGUUAACUUUAUUUCUAAAUAUUUCACUGGUUAUGCUAUACUAAAUCCAAUAUUACAUUAUUAUGAUUUUCACACUUCAGUUUUUUAUCUAACAAACAAGUUUGAAAAAUGUCUUGUCCAGGCUUAUAUUGUGGUAGAACAAUAUUAUCAGAUUCACAGUUAAGUGAAUGUGGCCCUUGUCCUAGAGGAUUCCGAAGAAAUGAAACUUCACACAUAUGCGAAUUAUGUACUGAUGAUCCUCUACUUUAUGAUUGGUUAUACCUAGGAUUCGUUGUUCUAGUGAUGUUAGUUUUACAUUGCUUCUUUAUAGAUAUGUUAUCCAUGAGAAGAAGUUUUACUAAGGAUAUACUUAUUUUGCAUUCAGCAGCUUUUAUUGAAGUCAUUGUAGCAGCCUUUCUGUCCUUACUUUUAUCACAUCCAAUAGGUAGUUUCACAGUAUACAGUUGUAGGGUAAGAAGUAUCUCUGAUUGGUAUACACUUCUUCAUAAUCCUUCACCAAAUUAUGAUAAGAAAAUAUAUUGUUCUCAAGAAGCCGUGUAUCCUCUGUACACAACCAUUUUUCUAUUUUAUGGUUUAAGCAUGGUAUUAAUGUUGAUAUAUAGGCCAUGGUUAUGUAAAAAGUAUUUACCGAGACAAAGUAAAAUGUCUAUAUAUGCUGCUCUAUAUUUUAUUCCUAUUCUCAUAGUCAUACAUGCCUUAAUUGGUGGACUCUUAUAUUAUUGUUUCCCUCAUCUAACACUUAUACUAUCUGUGAUUUCUUGUGCAGCACAUUUUGCUAUUAAAUUGGAUCAAAGUAUUGAAUCCUUGAUACUUUCAACACUUGUGGAACCACGUAAUCUUGUGAUUUUAAUAGGACAUUGGUGUUUACAUGCUUAUGGAAUAAUAUCGAUUACUCAACUUAUAAAUCCACCUCUGCAUGCAUCGUUCAUUCUUUUGGUUCCACUGCCAGCUGUUAUUUAUAUAUUAACAGCAAGAUUCACAGAUCCAAACAGAUUUCAAUUUUAGUCUACGAUAUAAUACCAAAAUGGAAGUCUGACUGAAGUCUUCUUCCUUUUGAAUCUCCAAAAAUAGAUCAAGUUAUUUUAGAAUGGAGAUAAUAUCAUUUCGAGUCCUUCUCCCUGGACAAUUGAGAUAUUAAGGGAAAUUGUUGCUCUCAAAUUGAUAAAUAAAAGAAGACUGACAUUUGAUGGUUGUUCAUUAUUUGUAUUUUAUUUUUUGUGUAGUAGUGUAGAUGUUCAAUUAUUUACAAAUGAGGUAGUGAAUAUUUAGUAUAGAUUGAUGACUUCUUAGGAAUAUACUGUUAUUAGAGAUGUAGUCAACACAUUAUAUAGUUAGCAGAGUAAUGUGAGCAAACAACAAAAUUAGCAGAAAAUUAAGUACUAAUUAAGUGCUAUGUUACCAAAUUUUCUGAUGUGCAAGUUUUUGAUAAAUUGGCUGUUCUGUUAACUUCAGAACUGUUAGCAAAACAAUGCAAGUUAAAUGUGCAAAAUUAAUAGAUAAUGAUAGUAGAGUGCUUCCAUAAAAAAAUGUUGCCUUGUUCAAUAAUAGAAAAAAACUCUUAUAUCCUUGCAUGGAAUUGGAUACUUCUACACGUGUUUUCGGAGAGUAAAAAAACUUCACAAAAAGACAUCACAAAAAUGAGAUUUUGUCCAAGUUUUCUCAGUGGAACACUAUCAUUGACGAAGAAUUAUCAACUUGUGUAGCUCUGGUAGGUCCUAAAUCCUUAAGUGAUCGACUAAUGCUUAUAAUAUGCUGCAGAAUCGAUGAAUUUUUCAGAGACGUCAUGAAACAAUGAACUUUUUCCAAGUUUUGUCGUUUUCUUAGCAGAACACUACCAUUGCCGAAGAAUUAUCAACUUGUGUAGCU